CUAUGCUCGGGGAUUCCCCGAGGGAAGUUCCCCAAGCGUUAUAAUGCAUGUACAAUGAACAUUUGUACGAAAUACACCACUCCCGCACGUAGUAAAUGUAGGCCACCUGAAGAAUAAGAACUUGUCGAAGUAUCAAAACAAUAAUUUGGACAUAUUCGAAUGAAGAUGUGUGAUAUGAUGCGCCAGGCCCCAUGACUGCUGUGUCAGUGAUGAUUGUGGAGCACACAGCAUGGAGAGGAAUAUUGGAGAUCAGCUCAACAAGGCCUAUGAAGCUUACCGCCAGGCCUCUAUCGAGAGAGACAGCGCCAAAAAGGAACUACAGCAGAUGAAGGUAAAUUAUGAACGGCACACUCAGGAACUUCAGAAACAGAUAGAAGACCAGCAGCAGUUGAUUUUGAAACUCAAAGCUCAGUUGAUUUCAGCAACUAAGCAACCCUCAGGAGAGGUCAUAGGUGAGGCUGCACCUAGAAAACAGGAAGAAGAAACCUUGUCUCCUUCCAAACAUCUCUUUGACAACCCAGGAAGCUCCUUGAGGAAGAUUCAUUACUUGAAGGAAAAUAUGGAAACUGCUGUGAUUGUGUCAUCUUCACCCCACACAACACCAGUAGCCAGCAGUUUUGAGACUAAAGAUGUUCUUGAAGUGUAUCAAGCUCUCCGGGGGAAAUUCCAGCAGAUACGCACAUUAACCCAGAGACAAAAAGAUCACCUGAAAAAAAUCUACAGAAGAAAUGACAUGGCAAAUGAGCAGCAAUUCUCCAUGCCCAUUCAGUGUACAGACGUGGCCGUGGAGCAGGCGGAGAGGCCCUUCCCUUCAGCUUUGAGGCCAGGGGUCGACCUCCAGCACCCGCCCAUGUCCCUGGCAUCCCGCGGUGCCAGCCCAGAGGACACGAACCAAGUGGACUCUCUCACCACACUCAACAUCAAGUUCCCCCCCUCCACAGACAGUGAAUACGAGUUCCUGAACAGCGCUCUGGAAAAACACAUUGACCUGUCCGUGCCAAGGGAAACAGUCAGCACUGUCCCUGCCGUCAUAGAGGUAACCUCUAUGGAGCUGGCCAUCCCAUUCCUGUAUCCUACCUCUGUCUCUCACCCUCCCUCCCCCUCCGUGUCGCUCUCACACAAGAGUGUGCGUGGACACCAGCAGCCCCUGUGGCGCCCUGAGCUUUGCGACGCUACUACAGCAACAGCAGCGCAGGCCGUGAGUGCGGAACAGCAACAACAGAUGAACAACAACAGCCCUGAUAUAUGUACCUACUGCAACGCGGUAGUUCCCGAAGAGCACAUGAACAGCCACCUUUUUACUCAUUGCCAGAGGGAGAGUGAAGCCAGCAAUUGACACUAGCAGACAUUGGCUGCCCAGUACAACACCUCUAGGGUUGAUUCAUGGUUAAUUCAUGUCUUUGUUUCCACACCAUGAAUAACACGCGCUCUGCUGUAUGUCACAUGACACUGGCGUUUUGGGACUUGAAUCCACUCUCAAACAUUUAUUUAAUUUGUAAGAGGUUAAUGGUACAUUUUUACAGUUUUUCUCUUAAGAUAUUACUUGGAAAUUGGCACGUCGAUUUAUGAAAUGAUUUUGUACAGUAUUGGUCUGAGUAUAAUAAAGCAAACAUUUAAUCUUG